GCGCGAAGAAGAACUAGUAGCAGAAGAUAUCUUUACGUUGAGUUCAGAGCUGCAAUGACUCGGGGGUGUCAGCCUUUCAACAUGGAUCUCAGAGACGACAAGGAACUGCCACAGGGAGUUGCUGGCGCCCCUAAUGAAGAAGCGCUUCUUGCUUUGAUGGAGAAAUCAGGAUAUACAAUGUUGCAAGAGAACGGGCAGAGAAAGUACGGUGGGCCUCCCCCUGAAUGGGACGGGCCGUCUCCACCAAGGGGUUGUGAAAUUUUCAUAGGCAAGAUACCUAGGGAUUGCUAUGAGGAUGAACUUGUGCCGGUUUUUGAAAAGAUUGGUAAACUGUAUGAGUUUAGACUAAUGAUGGACUUUUCUGGAUCGAAUAGGGGCUACGCUUUUGCCAUGUAUACCAGAAAGCAAGAUGCCCAACGCGCUGUCAAGGAACUGAACAACUUCGAAAUCAGGAAAGGUCGUCUGCUUGGAGUAUGUUCGAGUGUAGACAAUUGCAGACUGUUUGUAGGAGGAAUACCAAAAACAAAACAGAGGGAAGAAAUUCUCCAGGAAAUGAGGAAAGUGACUGAAGGUGUUGUGGAUGUGAUAGUGUACCCCAGUGCUAUGGAUAAAACGAAGAACAGGGGCUUUGCCUUCGUAGAAUACGAGAGCCACAGAGCUGCUGCUAUGGCUCGACGAAAGUUGAUUCCUGGAAGGAUACAAUUAUGGGGACACCAAAUAGCUGUUGAUUGGGCCGAACCAGAACAAGAAGUCGACGAGGAUAUUAUGUCCACAGUAAGAAUCCUGUAUGUAAGAAAUCUGAUGCUGAACACUUCUGAAGAAUCCAUAAAGGAGUCCUUUGAGAAGGUGCUGGGAAAGGAAAACAUCAUUGAGAGAGUAAAGAAGCUCAGGGAUUAUGCAUUUGUGCACUUCAAGAUGAGGGAAGAUGCCUUACAGGCAAUGAAUAUUCUCAAUGGGAGCACUUUGGAAGGAUCUAAGAUUGAGGUGGUACUAGCCAAACCUGUAGACAAAAAUGAUUACUCAAGGAUGAUCAGAUCUGGCAAACCUGGAUAUCAACAGGACAGUGAAGUGACAGAGAGUUCAACUUCACAGGCGUAUGGUUAUUCAACAUACGAGUCACCUUUGGUUGCUCCAGCCUUCUAUGGCCAGUUUGUACAACAAGCAGGAGCAGGAAGAGGUAUGCAGAGAGCAGCUGUUGGUGUGAGGGGACAGGUUCGGGGGCGUGGUCGUGGUGCAGCAGGAUCCCGGGGGGCAGGUGGAUCCAGGGCCUAUGUGCAAGGAUAUGUGCGUGGAGGAAUGAGAAGGCACCCAGCAGAGGGUCGCCUUUUUGACAUCUUGCCUGGCAUGGAAUUGACUCCCACUAACCCUGUUACACUCAAACCACAAUCAGUGAAAACUACAGUUCAGGUUCUGGAAGAACUAUGUCAGAAGAAUGGCUGGGGAAGCCCUAUCUAUCAGCUUCACUCCACUGGAGGUGGUGGCGGUGACAUGCAACUCUUCCUAUUCAAGGUAACCAUCCCCGCUCUAGCAUCACAGAACCCUGCUCCCUUCCAGCCCAACAAACUGUGCAGAACAGUUGAAGAGGCCAAGUCAUUUGCUGCAGAAUUUGUGCUUCUACAACUGGGAGUCAGUGUGGAGAGUGCUGAACUAACUACUGCUCCUGCAAGUCCCUAUCAAGGCAGACCUAUUUACCCAAACAGUGCCCGUGAUAUGCAAUCUUAUGCAUCUGCAAUGCCUAUAGCUACAAGUGCCUCUUAUGUUGUAGCACCAGGAAAGGUCAUUCAAAACCCUGACUACCCAGGGACGUACGAGUACCCCGCAGGCUAUGCUGCCCCACCCCCAUCUACUGCUGCAGUCUAUGGUCAUCAGUACUGAGGAAUCAGGACAAGAGCUGCAUGCAACCCUAGUUGUUAAACAUUCCACUAUUCAACUAGAGUAGCCUCAUAUUCCAUAGUUGGAAACAGUUAGACUUAUUUAUUUGGAAUAUUCUGGCUCUACUCUUUGCUUUAUCUAUUUAAUCUGUCUUUUUGAGUGUUAAUGUUCUCUGCUUGAGUGGGUCUGUCUCGGUAUACACAGAACAUGUACUAUUCUAGGUUUGAAGCACUAGUCUUGUGUUCUUUGGUACUGGACUAACCAGGAAGUGUAUUUAUCAUGUUCAUUUCAUCGUACAUCAUUAAGUCAUUUGAAGGUAUAGUUCUGUAGCAAGCCCUACACAAGUUGUUAGAUCAUGACUUUAUUGGUUUCAGAAUAUAGGCACAUCAUCGUCAGGUGUCAGAGUAAUUUUUCUCACAUUGAUUUUAACUAACAAGUGAUUUGCAUGAGCCAUAAUAAAUAGUUUUUAGAGGCAUGUCUGAAUAUUCUAAACAUAUACUCCAAAUAUGUCAAAAAAGGACAAUUCUUAACAAUAAAAAGAUCAAAAGAUUUUCAAAUCUAUUUGGUCUCCAAGAUGAUUUCUACUGAAAUUUUGGAACUGCCCAAUAACAUGCUUGUUUCUCAAAUAGUAAUAUUAAAGCAUUUUGUAACAAACACAUUCUGAAAUCGAAUAAGAAAAAUAAUUCCUGAGAAAAAAAAUGAAAUAUCGAGUGUGUUUCACAUUCAGAGAAACUUCCGCAAAUAGUAUUACUGGCAUAUUGUGUAAGGGUUGCUACAAGCUCAUACGAGAUACAUCAGGGAUCGAUCUGCAAAGAUCUCAACAUCUUGAUAGAUGUAGUCUUUCAAGAUGACAUCGGAAACAUUCUAGGUUGAAUGUUGCAGGUUAUCUGACAAGGAAGCCGUGUUUGCAAGUAUUUGUUGUUCUGUUAAAUAUCUUCAAACUGUUUGUUUACAAGUUAUGGUCAUGUUUUUUACAACGUACACUCAAAGUGUUCAUAAAACAGAUGUAAUGUAUCAAUAACUUCAAUCUCACAAUAUAUGCCCUGGGAUGGGUGGUGAUUUUGAAGCCAAGCUUCACAGAUAAUCCUUCAAAUUUGGAAUUCCACUUAGUGCUAAAUAUAUGUAUGAAGCCAAGUUGGCUUCACUAUGCAUUCCCUGUUGUUAAAUAUGCAUGUAUUGUAGACAACAAUUUGACCGAUUGUAACAGAACUGAAGGUGUUGUUAAACAUAUCAACUCAACUGUUGGGCCAUGGAGAUGGGUGUUUAUUACUGUUCAUACACUGAAUUACAGCUCUCUUACAAUCUCUCAUAUUUUGUCUAACACCCAUGACGAGAAGUUCUCAAACUCUUUUGUUUGAAUUUUAGGCAGUAUUUUUCAAGUUUUAUUUAUAUAUGGCAAAAAAGGCUUUGUUUUUAUGGAUAAAUGAAUACAAUAUUAAAGCUAAAUGACCAACCACAAUUGACUAGAUUGGUGGUGAUUUUCAUGAUUUUCUAGAGGUUUAGAGAAAAGUUUUUAGUUUAGUUCUUUUGAACAUGUGUAUCUGUUAUUUGUUUCUCUACCAUUUAUUUGCAAACUAUUUGCAAACUUGUUUUGACACCAAGUGUUAUGUGUAUUACAGUACAGGACGAACACUUCAGCCAUUCCUGUUGAAGUAAAAAUACCUUUUUGAAAGUGUUUUACUACUACAUGGUGCUGUAACAGUUUGAAGUCUAUUUCCAGUCCCCCAGAAGAGAAACUACUUGGAUUGCACUACCAGAUUCAUAUUCCAAUCUAGCUUAAUUUGUGAAUGUUUUGUUAUAACAUCACCGAUAUUGCUCUGGAAACCUCUGUAGUAAGCCUUAAACAAACAUGAUUAUUCUGAACCCUAUAUAACAUCAAACAAAACAAAUGAUUGGCAUCCUUGAUUGUCCACUGUAUAGUUAAUCUAUUCUGUUUGAUACCCUAGGCCCUUUCAACACCAUAGAUCUUUGCUGAACUGUGCUGAGAAAUUCUGUGUUAAGUUAGUAUGACCGAUGGAGAUUGUGAUGUCACUAUUUGAACAAAGCUAUGGUGCUACUACACCUGGAUUACCAUAAGCUAUAUCAUGAUAGAAUGGAUAUGUAGUACCCUGUAUAAUGAAGGAUGAACUAUUGGUAACUCACAGCCCCAUGCUGCACUUUAAGUGGUACAGUCCUGAGACUUGGUUGGGGAUCUUAAGUUGUAUUGUUCAUGUUCUGGCAGUAGUUAAAGACUUUAGAAGUUUUCAGGAAUUUGAGGUGAAGGCUAUGUUUCUGUCUCUGAAAUACUUGCACCACCUCGUUCCAAGUCUAAACAGUUAAACCAGAAGCUAAAAAUAUUUUAUUUAUUGACUGAAGACUGAAAGUAAGACCUGCAUGUUAAUUUUCCAGAUCCAAAAUCAGUGAUGUUACUGAACAUUUACUACUUGAGGUGAUAAUGUUUGUUGCUAGUGUUUACCAAUUACCUAAAUCACCUGGCUACAAUACCAUGCCAGUAAUCAGUGUGUCCAUCCAAAGUGAGUUUCUCUCUCCACACCCUGUGUCUGCUCAGAGUUCUGCCAUGUGCCAUAACAGCAUUUAACAGGGAUUCGUGGAUGUUUAGUGCUAAAGUGUUAACCAAUUUUGGGGUCUUCAAAUUUCGAAUUUGGUGUUUCAAGACAAUCAAAGGAAAGGCUGAUGACCAUGUGGGGCCAUAACUGAAUUUUAUUUAUUUAUUACAGCCUAUACAUUCCAUUCUAAUGUUUGUAAAAAGUUCAAAAUGGUUAAUCAUGGUAAAGGCCAAUCCUACCAUCUUUCAAAUUAAAAUAUUACCGGUAAUAGCAUUUUCCAGUUUAGCUCUUCAUCAACAAAUAGGGUUUAAACCGUACAUUGAAAUCCAAAUUACAACAGUGCUGUAUGAAUUAUUGACUGAUAUUAAAAAAGAAGUAUUUAAAUGCCAAAUUUUCAGAAGUGAUUAAUAACCCAUCGAAACUUUAAAGGUCAAGGUCAAUAGUUCAUGAUAAAGGUCACAUAUUUUGAAAUCUUAUAAACAAUUGUUUUCUCUUUUCGUCAUGUUUUGACGGAUGUGAAACCAAGUUGGAAGUAGAUUCAUAUGCAUAUAUACUAAAGCUCAUCUUAAAUUAUAGGCACAAGAAAUGAUUUGCUAGUUGUCACUCACUGUAUUAGAGCAGAUUAUAGGUGAGGUACAAAGUUAUCUCAAACAUAAUUGCCAGCAUUAGGUAACAUCUAAAUAUUCACAUGAGAUAUGGAACAAACAGGGAAUAGCUUACAUCCAGUAGUUCUACAAAACAAAGUCUAGUCAGUUGAUGUCAGAAAUGAGUCGUACAAAGACUAUCAUUCUCUUUGUGUUAGCUAAUAGGAAGCACCCACUUAGCAUGCUUAAGAUAUUGAUGGCAAACUAAAAUAGAUAAUUUACAGUUUAUUUUCGUUGUGAUUCCAAUUAUUUUACUUUUACUUACCUGUACCAUAUAUUUUGAAUACAUGGUAUUAUGUUUUCGAGACAAAUAAUACAGGUUCCUGAUCAGAACUGAUUUCAACAUUAUCCCAAAUAUGAGGACAUUUCUUAUUUACAUACAUGAUUAUGUGAAAGUGCUUGGGCAUAAGGAAUUUUUUUCGAUUACUUCCAUGUUUCGAUGGGGCAGUGGGGAAGCCUUGUGGUUAAAGCAUUCACUCGUUACGACGAAGGUCCAGGUUCUAUUCCCAACAUGGGUACAAUGUGUGGAGCCAAUUUCUGGUGUCCCAAGCCAUGAUAUUGCUGGAAUAGUGCUUAAAGCGGCAUAAAACCAUACUCACUCAAAUGUUUCGGUGGACAUUGUUAUUUUUCAAGAGUACUUUUUAAGCUAAAUACUUUCUUCCACAUGAAUCUGAAAUUACAGAAUUUGUCACUCAAAUUUACCCAAAUGAUGUAAAUUUGCCAUCAUGUUCUUUCAAAGUUUCAAAUUGAGUUGAAAUCUGAUCUUAAGAAUGUAUGUUUUAAGUGUGUUUCUAUAUUAGAGUUCAAAGAGAAAACCUUUGUUAAUUUGAAGCUGCCUUUCGUUGGUACAGGCAAGGAUCUCUCUGGUAGAGUUGUUUGCUCAAGUUCAAUCUUGCCAAAUAUUUUAUUAUGUUUAGUUAUAUUUGUGAAGGGCACUGCAAACUUGGCACAGAAUUAGGCAACAUCAGAAUGUCAUAGAAUCAUUUUGUCAGAAUCACACAUUUAACCAUAUUGAUAUCUUAAUUGGUGACGGUUUUUUGAGUUUCAUAAUUAUAUGCUUAAUUGCUUCUAGAUUUUUAGCUUCUGUUAGUUAGAAUUAUACUGAUUCAGUAUUUUAUUGAUAUUUGCUUAUUGUAAAAACAUACUACUUUCUUUGGAAUGAUAACAUGUGACUAAUCAUUGCUUUUGUUACACCUAUGCACAGCGUUUUGAAGUAACUUUGAGAAAAAUGUUAAUAUUUAAAAAACCGGGUCAGUCAAAGUAGACACAAUUUAUGGAUAACAACUUCUGUUAUUACUGUAAAGGCGACGGUUUGGUGAGGAUCUAUACCAAAACAUCGCCUUUACAGUAAUAAGAGAAGUUAUUAUCCAUAAAUUGUGUCCACUUUGUCAUCUGUCAGCUUCUAAGUAAUGCUUUUAAAACGGGUCAGUGUUUUCAGUUCCAAUUUUGCAAAAUAUUCAGUGAGAUCAAGACAAAUUUCACAUGUCAUGGAAACUUGUGUGCAACAUAUUAUCUUUCCUUAGAAAGUAGCCUGUUCUUUGUUCCUGGUGCUGUUGAAGGAAUUUCAAAGAACAUGUAUUCAAGUGUUCAGCUAGUCUUGCAUUGUGUCCUAAUACUGUAUUUAUGCAUAUUACAUAACUCUUAUUUCUUCCUUUUACUGCAACUUUGGGUCUCAAGUUUCCUUAUUACCAAAAGAGAAUUUCUGUCCAAAGAAACUCAGGUUUUUGUACCUUUAUAUUUAUAUGUCUGAGGUUGGCAUAUUCUGUGAUAUUUUACAACAUAUCUCAGUGUCUGAGGUGUACAUGUUUUCAGAUUUGUCACUUGAUUGCAAUUCAAAUUCCGAUGUUAAACCGUGACCCAUUGCAGUAAAAAAUGUAUCAUUUGCUUUAAUCUUGACUGAUUGGUAAUCACAUAAUGGAAUAAUCUCAAUAUUGAUAUCAGCAAUGGCACCAUGCAUGAGAUUAGUAGCAUAUCUAUCUGUCCAGAUAUAUUUUCAGGAAUUACGACAGAAUUACCGUGUUCAGAUAUGUGGUGUCUUUGUGUCGCUAUGGUAAAACUGUGACAGAAAAAAAACAAAAGUAUAUCAUCACAAAAAAGCCACACCAUACCUAAAUCAGGUAUAGACAGCUGUACACAUAACCCCAGUUGCCAAGUUGGCAAAAGAGGUCUACAAGGAAAUGUCACUAGUUCUUCCUGAAAUAUACUAGUCCCAGACUAACAGAUUUACAUUAAUUUUGAAUCUUGCUUUACUAAUACUGAAACAUUUCAAUGGCUAAAUGAUUUAGCUACUUAAAGAUAUGCUAAUAGAUAUAUUUUCAUGUACAAUUAAAAAAAGGUCAAUGACAUUGUACAAAUGGCACCUUCACAAACAUAAACAGAAAUCUUUGCUCAAACACAGAAUAAUUUUACCAUUGAGACUCAAACACUCCAUAUACAGCAAGUUUAGUAGAACAAAAAAAAGUUUGAAGACAAUAGAGUUUACAGACAAAUGAGAAGCAAGGAACUUAAACAUUUUGAAAUAUGAUGUGAAGAAAGAGACACAGUUGUGGCCUAAAGCCUCAUGGCAUUUUUUUCUUCUAUAUUUUCAAUUUUAAGCAGUAAAAACUGAUUCCACAAUAUUUCCUGUAAAAUUAUCUGUCCCAUUGCUGAUCUGAAUUUUGAGAUACGAAAAUGUCUCUAUUGAGACGUGAGAAUGGAUCUUCCCAUGAGAGAAUGGUGUGAUGAGAUCAUGUAGGCUGGGCUGUGCCUGGACUUGUGCGUUGGUUCACUGGUUCAAAUGACUAACUGGCAUGAUGUGUGAUUAAGACCAGUCAACAUUAUGUAUCUUGCUAUAUUUACAUGCACUAUUAACUAGAGUGUUAGAUCCAAAGUUACAAGUUCAGAUGUAACAAUCAGAGCUUAUCAAUAAAAUCUUAUCUACAA